AUGACUUUGGAAGAUUUUGAAAAGUCGCUUGCGGAGGGGCAGGAACAGCGACACGAAAAAUCAGAUCGCGAAAGACAUCAUCGAGACCGAAAUCGCGACCGCGAUCGAAGCACAGAGCGCUCCAGAGAGCACCGUCAUCACCGCUCAAGCCACCGGCGGCAUUCUUCCAGAUCCCGUGAGCGCGAUAGCCAUCGAAGCCGGGAAUCUAGACAUCACGAUGAUGACGGCCAUCGACACAAGCGCUCGCGUCGUUCCAACGAUCAAGGAGAUGAACGUGGCCAUAAACGUCGACACCGCGAUACAAAAGAUGAGGAGCCGACCGCGUCAGCUCCAGCAGAGCCAAGCAACUUGAAACGAGACUCUUGGAUGGAAGCGCCAUCGGCUCUGGACAUUGAUUAUGUCCAGCGACCCAGCAACCCGCGACAGGAGGAGGAGGCCAAACCGAAGAUGCUUCACGCGGGCUACGAGCUCAAGAUUCACGACAAAGAGCUCAACAGCCACCUUCGCGAUCUCAAUGAUGGAAAAACACUCGAUGAUAUCAAAGAUGAGCCUGCUCAGCAUGAAGUAGACUACACCUUUGGGGACUCGGGAUCACAGUGGAGAAUGACGAAGCUUAAAGGUGUCUACAGAGAAGCAGAAGAAAGCGGCAGGCCCGUGGAAGAGGUUGCCACGGAGAGAUUUGGCGAUAUCAGGUCCUUUGACGAUGCUCGGGAAGAAGAGACCGAGAUGGAUCGCCGCAAUACCUAUGGCAAGUCUUACGUGGGCAAGGAGAAGCCCAGUGGAGAGCUCUUCCAAGAACGCAAGCUCCAGAACAAUACUAAGCGAGCCACGCUUGAGCAUGUCCGUGACCCAGAACAGGACCUCCACGCCGAAGGUCAAGGCAAGAAGAUCGAUACCGUGCCGCCUCCCCAGACUACCCAGCGUCUUGAUAUGACGGCACUGAACCGUCUCAAGGCACAAAUGAUGAAGGCAAAACUCAAGAAAUCACCAGACGCUGCGCAGCUCGAAGAGCAAUACAAUACAGCAGCAGCAGCUAUGUCCAACCGCAAGGAAUCUGAUGUCGUGGUUCUUGAUGUUAUGCACAACCCCAUGUUGGCAGGCCCAAGGAAUGAGGUCAAAGCCAUCGAUACCAAGAGAGGUCGGGAGAGAGGCCAGGUGGAGGCGAAUGAGGACAUGAGUAUCGAAGACAUGGUACGGGAGGAGCGCAAGACUCGCGGUCAACUCGGUGGAGAGGGCCGGCGGUUGGCCGAUCAAAUCGGCCGUGACUCCAAGUUUGAAAAUGAUUUGGAGUAUAUGGAUGAUAAUGCGUCCAAGUUGGCCAAGCGAGUGCAUCGGUCUGAAAUCGAUCUCAAGAAUACUACGAUCAACGACUUCCACAAGAUGAACCGGAUCUUGGACAACUGCCCCCUCUGCCACAACGAAGACAAGGGCACGCCUCCCACCGCCCCCGUGGUGUCCCUUGCAACCCGCGUCUUCCUCACACUCCCCACCGAGCCUGAAAUCAGCGAAGGCGGCGCAACCAUUGUACCAAUUCAACACCGCACAAACUUGAUGGAGUGCGACGACGACGAGUGGGAAGAGAUCCGCAACUUCAUGAAAUGUCUGAAGCGCAUGUACCACGACCAAGGCCGGGACGUGAUCUUCUAUGAAAACGCAGCCCAGCCGCAGCGGAAAAAGCACGCGUCCAUGGAAGCUGAAGCCAUUCUCAGCGCUGAGUCCGAAUGGUCCCAGCACAAGAAACUGAUUGACACUCUUGAAAGAUCAAAGCAAGGACUUGGUCGCUCUGCUUUCCGUCGAUGUUUGGUGAAGGAGAUGCCAUACUUCCACGUCUGGUUCGAGGUCGACGGUGGACUCGGUCACAUCGUGGAAGAUGAUAAUCGCUGGCCUCGCGGUGAUCUCUUUGCUCGAGAAAUCAUUGGUGGCAUGUUGGAUGUUGCGCCGGAUGUGAUUAAACGUCAGGGACGUUGGAAUCGGGGAGAUCGUAGAGUUGAUGGAUUCAGAAGGCGAUGGAAGAAGUUUGACUGGACUCGUGUUUUGGUUGAAGGGUAG